AUUAAAGUUAUUAUUUGUCUUUGCUCACUAUAGUAUAUAAGGCAAGUUAUUUCCUAUGAUAAAUUUUUCGGAUAUUGUUUAAAACACCAACAAACCAGUAUUAUUUAAUAGGUAUAAUUAAAUUAUCAUUUUCAUAGUAAAUCAUAAAGCUAUUUUUUUUAUAAAAUGCAACUGGCAAUUACAAGAAUUAGUUAUCGUCAUUUAUCUACAAGUCAAGUAAGAUCAAUAAAUUAUGGAUUUGUCGGGUUGGGACAAAUGGGUCAACAUAUGGCUAGACAUAUUUAUAAUAAAUUAGCUCCUGAAGAUACUUUAUAUGUUAAUGAUACUUUACCUGCUAGUAUUAAAGGAUUUGUUGAUAAUGUAACUUCAAUAAACCCUGCUAAUGCUCAUCAAUUACAUACUUUACCAACUCUUAAAAGUUUUGUUAGUGAUGUUCAUGAACCAUUAGAUUUCAUUGUAACAAUGGUUCCCGAAGGUAAACAUGUUAAAGCAGUUGUUGAAGAAUUAGUUCAAGAAUAUAAAAAUUCCGGUAAAGAUACAAUUUCUAAAGUAACUUUUGUUGAUUCAUCGACAAUUGAUAUUCCAACUUCAACCGAGGUUCAUGAAUAUGUUAAAAAAGAAGUGCCAAAUUUUGAUUUCAUAGAUGCACCAGUUUCUGGUGGAGUUGCAGGAGCUAGAAAGGCAACUUUAUCAUUUAUGCUUUCCAGACCAGAUCAUGAAUCAGUUUCUCCUGAAUUAGCUACUCUUAUUAAAAAAAUGGGUGCUAAUAUUUUCCCAUGUGGUGCUAAACAUGGUACUGGAUUAGCUGCAAAAUUAUCUAAUAAUUAUUUAUUAGCUGUAACUAAUUUAGCUGUUGCAGAUUCAUUUCAAUUAGCUAAAUCUUUUGGUUUAAAUUUAAAAGAUUAUGCUAAAUUAGUUUCUGUUUCUACUGGUAAAUGUUGGGCAGCAGUUGAUAAUUGUCCAAUUCCUGAAGUUUAUCCUGAAAAUAGUCUUCCAGCUGAUGUUGGUUAUCAAGGAGGAUUUGUUACAAAAUUAACUAGAAAAGAUUUAGUAUUAGCUACAUCAUGUGCUGAUUAUGCUAAAAGAUUCUUAUACUUGGGAGAUGUUAGUAAACAUUGGUAUGAUAAAGCAUGUGAAAGAGAUGAUUUAGCCAAUAGAGAUUUAGCAGUUUUAUUUGAAUGGUUAGGUGAAUUAGAAAAGGAUAAAGAUGGUAACAUUGUUGAAGUUAGACAUAAAUAAAUAAUUAAUCAUUUAUUAAUUCAUAAUGCAAAAUUUUAU